AUGACAAAGCGCCACCAAUGGCACGGAAUUGUCCAGUUGAUCAAUAUGGCGGCUUUCUUUGCAGAAGAAAAUGACAACUUCUCAAGCAGAAUACGGAUGACCCCCGGGAAAACAACGCAUACAGCCCAACUAUUCUGAUCUGGAACGUGGAAGUAAACCGGUGGCUGUGAACAGUGAACCAGACAACAGUCAACAGUCGUCUGCAGAUUUCACUCAAGUCGAAGUCACUUUACUUUUCUUUCGAAAUAUAGGCCUAGGCCUACUUGGAAUCUACCUUCGCCCUGAACAUUAUAGUAAAGGAUGGAUACCAAGACCACAGAAGACGUUGAGGAUCAGACAGAGGAGGUGCCGUCGACAACCAACGAUUUGGAUGCAUUGAGGUCAAAAGUCAAAGGUCUGAACCAGGAGCUGGCAGCGACGAAUGACAAACUUACUGCUGCCCAGACGGAAUUGGAGAAGAGCGAGACGUUGCGAACAGAAGCUGAAAGAUGCACCGUGGAGCUACGCAAGAAGGUUGAAACGUUAAGCGGAGAACUGGACGACUUGCGCAAAACCAGGAAUAAAUCUGUCGCCGAAGUUGCCUGCCAGGUAGACAUGGUGGCUAAAGUUGCGUCAUCAAAAGGGGGCGCUACAGCAGGAAGCGCUGGCCCAUCUGAUUGGGUCACGGAAGUCGGGACAUCAAAUCCGAGCACCUCACAGUCUAUCGCGGACAGUGUGCGAGCCGUAGCUGAAGCCACUGCCACCAGGACAGGCUUUGUCCUAGACCAGACCAGUGGCAUGUACUACGACUGCAACUCCGGCUACUACUAUGACCAGGUGAAUAAGCUGUAUUAUGAUCCCAACAACGGCAUGUACUACUACUUUGAUGAGGUAACCGGUUCCUACCAGUUCCACUCACAGGUGGAUCUCCCGCCCUCCGCCCGGCCUGGCCAGGUGCAUCAUGGGAGGGGGAGAGGCAGAGCCUGGGGUAAACGGAAAGACAGGAGGCACGGAGAGGCACCUGAAAAUGUCGAUGAAAGGAGGAGGGACACCCUUGAAGACAUGGAUUGUCAGAUCAUUGAGAUAGGGCAGGAUACUAGACACGAGCACAAACGGCGCAGGCGAGACAUCAGCAGGGACAGACUUCGCAGCUCUUCCGAGAGAGAUGGCGAUGUCGUUCCAGGGAGAGCUCAUCGCGAGAGGCGACGCAGAAGAGAACGCCGCAUCCACAGUUACGAGGGCAUCGGUGCUCAGGUUGAGGUGGUUACCAAUGAACACGCCCAGCAACUUGAGGAGAGGAUGCGGUCACGUGAACGGAGACGAAAACGACGUCAAGAGAGUGGAUCUAAGAGGAGGAAAGAGAAGUCCCUUGAUGGAAAUAGAAAAGACGAGAACUACGACCGCAGGAAUGUCCAGGGACAAGAAGAUGGCGAACCGAUGGAUGGGAUGUCAGAUGGAGAGAUUAGAGCUGACGAAGGGACGCAGUUAGAUGGUCUUGAAGGGGGUGGCAGUCAAAGCCAAAAGAAUCACAAGACGGGGAAUGAUAACAGGAAUCAGUCGGCAGAGAAUGAGGCAGAUGAGAACAAUCAAGAUGAAGGAAAUGAAGGAAGAAAUGCUGCAGGGACGUCCGAGAAACCGAAAGAUAAAACUAGUCCAGAAACCAUCAGGGGCAGCUCUGAGAGCUCCACGGCAAAAGACGAUUCGCCGAGCGGAGAGGAAGGGAAGAACGACGAGAGCAAAGGCGACGGUCAAAGGUCGCCAGAUGAGGUUGGAAGACACCGUCGGGUUAUUGUUCCUAACCCGGAUGCUGAGGCGCGGCAAGGUCAAACGGACGAGCAACCGAAUCCAGGGGAUUUGCAAGAGGGUUACUCUGACGGGGAAAUUGUGGAAGACGUCAUGAUCGUGGAAGACGGACAGGAACUGAUCGUCCUGAGCUCGGACGAGAUGGAGGAAGGGGAGCUGUCUGAUAGCUUGUCGGAUAUUUCCUCCAGUGAGGGCAGUUCCCUCGAGUCUCCAAGUGCCUCGUCUGAGGAUUAUUUGGAAGAGAUAUCAGUGGAUUCAGAUAGCUCCGGUGGAUUGGAAGUGCUGAAGGUUGAUUACCCCCCGUGCAUCAGAAUGAUUGUGACCAAAUCAGACACUCUCAAGCCAGGAUCACUAUUCAUUAUCACAUGCGAGGGUGGUACCAUUGGCAGAGAGGGCAGCAGUCACGUCAUUUUGAUCCAGAGCGUGAAGGUCAGCAAGCGCCAUGCGCACAUCGUCUACAACGCAGAGGAAAGACGGUACACGAUCGUCGACCUUGGCAGUCAGAACGGGACGUUGCUUAACGGGAAGGCAAUAUCAGAGCAACGCGUUGUAAGUGAGCCCCACCCUCUAUCCCACCGCGACUACAUCACCAUUGGCGGCACUACACUGCGUCUGCACAUCCACCCUGGGGAUGAGACCUGCGAGGAAUGUGAACCGGGCCAGGUGCAGGCCCUGAUAGCGAUGCAGCAGCUCAACCAGCUCUCGGCAGGAGCGACCUCUGGCAGCAAGCACGACAAGGAACAGCAGCGUCGCAAGGAACUACGCCACCUCAAGAAGAAAUUCAACCUUGCGAAGGAGGACUACACCAACCAGCAAGAUCCUUCACUCACGAAUCCUGGCUAUGCAGACAGGGCGGGGGAACGGAGACGAACCAUGGGUAGCGACAACCCUUACCAGCCUGACGACCAGCCGGCAUCUGUAGAUAAGGCGAUUGGAUCGACAAACUUGGGCCACAAGUUGCUGUCCAAGAUGGGCUGGGCGGAGGGCCAGUCACUAGGCAAGGGUGACCGGGGGAUAAAGGAACCUAUUCAAGCAGUUGUCCACAGCAGGAGUGCAGGGCUUGGAGCUGGAACGGUUCAGACUAUGGACCAAGUACAGUACGCAAGACGAAGGAAGGACAAGUGGGACAAAGCUAGAGGGCGCUUUAACCUCAUUGACCCCCAGCAUCCAGGGGCCGCAAAUCUGGGCAAGAAGGGUCCGAGGUGGGUACAGGGAGACACAGAAAAACUGGACGCUAAUGGACGGCAGUGUGGGAAGUCGGAGGAUCAGAGCGGUGCGGGUGUUUUUGGCGUGGUUCAACUUCCAUUGGCUGGUAGAGGGAAGGGGAACGGGAGAGCUGGGACGUCGCAGGGGAUCACAGACAUAUGGGACGAAUCGAUGGAUGCUUCAAACUCAAAGCAUCUUGGAAAAUCGGGACAGACAUCCUCCCAGGGUUCAUCAAAGGAUACGGGGGAGACUGUGGAAAGUAGGGGCCGCACAGCUGCAAAAGAUGCGAGGAAAAAGCAGCAUGACACUCCCGAGGAGUUUGAAAGGCUACUUCUUGGCGAGAAAGCUGACGACAAGACCUCUGAAGGAACAACUGAACCUUCGGAUGCACUCCCAAGAGCGGAGGGCGGUUCAAACGACGUCCAUUCAGGCAGUGGAAGUAAAUCGGGAAGAGGAAGAACAAGACACAGCUCCACACCGGCAUCGAAUGUGGAUGGAGGGAACAAUACCGGACAAACUGCAAAAGCAGAUUCCAGCAGUGUCGAUGACAUGGAAUCCACAGCGAAACCAUUUUCAGAUGCUAACUCCCCAUUAACGACCACCGUGGACAGUACUGAGCAGACGUCCGCAGUAGCUUCUGAGCACCCAGCCCUUCCUGAAACCAACGCUGACGAGGAGCAAAGUGCAAAGAGGCCUGAAAACCUGAACAGACCUGAUGGAAGCACAUCCCCACCGCCCUCACAAACACCCGACAGAAAUCAAGAAGCAGCUGCAAACAAGAUGGAAAAAGAAAAAGGAGGAUCGCCAAAACUUGCAGACCAGCUGAACUUGGAAGGAGCUGACCCUGGCAAGCCUGCAGAGGCUGCUGGAAGUUCGUCUGAUAAAGGAAAGACGAUCCAGCUGAAAUGGAACAAAGGCGGAAAGGAGAAACUGGCGACAAAUUUAGUGGCGUUUGAGGAGAGCGAAUCGGAAGGGGAAGGUGGGGAAAGUGCUGCAAAUGACAGCAAGAGCAUCCAGCAGGAACAAGCCAGACCACCACAACGGAAGGGGGAUAGAGGGACGAGGAGGCGGCGAGGAUCUGGCAGGCCCAGUAGGUGGUCUGGCUCCAGGAACUCUUCAGGCAAAUGAUGCCUUUGAAAUAACAAACUGCUAAAAGUUAAAAACUUUGAUUGAUUUUAAAGCUUUCAGAGUAGAGUAAUCACAACAGUUGGUGUUAAACACCUGAAAGGAAUACAAUAUGAGUGCCACUGUAUAGUGCAGCACAGAGAGGUUGCCAGAGAGACGCCAUAUUUGAAUUGAAUUAUAUAAAGUAACAAAACACAAAGUGUAUUUGGGUCAUUCAAUUAGUUUGAUGUCCAUUUUUUUUCCUGUCCCUGUUACAUGUAACAUCUACGAUUUGUGUAAUUCUGAAUGUAGUCAUCAUCCAAGAGUGGAUAUGAAAAGCAAAGUACAUACACAUGUACCUAAUCCCAACAAAUAAAUUGUUAAGCAACUAUAAAAGUACAUGUAUCAAGGUAGCAAGGACAGGAAAAAUGUCACACUAUGGACCCUAACUUUAUAGAAUGACCCAUUUGUUUUGCACAAGGGCAUAGUAGUUUUUACAGGGUUUUGUCAGGGUGCAUGUGAUUUUAAUACAAAAAUAUAAAAUGUUACCAUGUCUCAUUGAACAUACAUUUAUGAAAGCUACAAGGUACAUUUGCUUUUGGUGUUAUUUUCAGAUAUGGAUGGAUUUAGGGGUUAGCAUUUGUAUAGAAAGUAUCUUUCCACUGAGCUGUUUAAAAUUUGUGUUCUGCAGAAAAAAACACCACUGUUCUUGUCUUGUUCCCUGACCCGGUGCUCCAGACAAAAUGGAACAAUCUAUACACUCGGGGUAUUGUCGGGCCAGGGAACCAGACUAGCUGGCUUGCACCCGUUCACAGAUACAUGUAUGUAACCGAUUGUAAACAAAAUGUGGAUUAACUGGAUUGGUCAAUUAGGGCCAGUAUUUGAAAAGCCAUUUUUUUCCCCCCAACGAUGCCAACCAAAUUGAUACAAAUAUUCCCACUUUUCUCGAAAAUGACAGCACACCAGGUGCAGUGAUUUCUUAAGAUGCUUGAGACUAUUAUUCACUUACAGUCAAGUAAGGUAUUUCAUAAUAAUUUGUCAGUUUAAUUGUGGAAUGUUUGCCAAUGUACAUUACCUUUAAGUGACAGCUGGUAUGUUUUGUACAAAGACCUAGCCCGACUACCCAGAAUGCUGGCAACUUUGCUGUGAAGAGCGACUGCAAUAUUCCUUGCUCCUGUUUAAAAUUAAAGACCAGCUAACUUUAAAAGUUUUGUGAAGUUUGGCAUUGCACUGUAAGAUACAAAGAUUUGUUGUUUGGAAUCAUUGGAAAUUCAUAUCUUUGUGAAAACUACGCUUCUAGUUCCACACUAUUGCACUUGACCUACGCAAACCUACAAAAUGCCAGUGCAUAAGUGUUGCACGCGUUGAUUAUGGACUAUUUGGAACACAUCUUGAGAUUUUUUAAGAAGAAUUUUGUUUUUUUAAAGUAAAGAGUAACACAAGGGCAAGCAUGGUUCGUAUUUGUACGAACUUUAUUUACACACCGUAUGUACACAAAUUAAUGACGAUGAUAAUAAUAAUAAUUAUGAUAAUACACAUGAAAGAAUUUCUUUAAAUUGAAACAAUACUGCAUCUUUUUCCCCUAUAAAGCAACCAACAACAGAUACAUGUACAUCAAAUUUGUCAUUUUCAUAUUUACCAUAGACUUAUUCAUCUCUCGCCGACGGCCGCCCCCCCCCCCCAAAAAAAACCCCAGGUUCUUUAAAUACAUGAAAUCUACGCCCAACUUUCCCUACUAAUUACUACAUGUAGUUCAAGAAACAUGAAAUGUGUAACUUACAUCUGUGGGCUGAGGAAAUGUCUACAAAUGCAUAGUUAUGGUCAACACAAUACUUUGUAAACCAAACCCUUUCCCAAAGACACCAUUAAAAUGUGAGUACGCCCUCUAUUGACAGGUUACAGACAGGUGAACAAUGCAUCAGUGUUUUUGUAUCUCUUUAAGUUACUUAGCAAGAGCUUGCCAUAUUCAUGUACAUAUAGCAACUAUGCCUUCAGUUUAGAGAAUUCAACGCUAAAAAAGUCAACUAAAAAAGUGUAAGGUUACAAGCUAACGGCUUACGUCACGACACCAUUUUACACAGCCAACGCAUUUAGACCUGGUUAAAUUUAGCAAGGUACACAUCCACAAAAUUUCUAAUUCUAAUAAAUAAAUUACAUCAGCAGCAAUUCUACUCACUGUGUUGGACAGUCAUAUUGCUUUGGAAGUAAAAUUUGCAUGUUUUCCUCUUAUUUUAAAGUGGUACACAUGUUAAUAGGAGUCCCGACAAUUACCCAAACAAAAAUACAUGUACUUUUACUUUUAACACUAGCCGAUUAAAUUACAUUUUUGUUGCAACUUCUUUUCCUGAAAUUACAGAGAUUAGAUCUGUCCUACCAAUCUGACCAACCAUUCGGG